AUGUAUAAAGUAGAUAAGGAAGCAUUGACAAAUCAAACACAAUCUAAAAUCGAUCAACAAGCGAAGAAAGAUGUGCGAAUUAUCCUUUGUAGCAUUGUUAUCAUCAUUGCUUUUACUGUGUUUUUCGCUCAAGUGAUUGAGCCUUAUAUUGUAAACGGCCCUUCAUCAAGCGUUCAUCAACAUCCUUCAUCAAUAAGUGACAAGUUCUCAGUAAACUAUGUCCCUGGGUAUCCGUCAAUAGUGUGGUAUACUCGAAAUCCUUCGUACUUUCCCGAAAAACAACCACUGUCUUGUUCCAACGGCUCGCGAGUUUUCAAAUGCGGCGUGUACCCGCCAGAGACAGCACCGGAACACCCAGAAGCUUAUCUGUUCUACGGGCCGGAUGUAGCGAGGUUUCCUUUGCCACGAGAUUCUGAAACAAUAUGGGCUUUGUUCCACGAAGAAUCGCCUAGAAGCAGACCGAUGUUUUUCUAUGAGAAGGGUUUGAAUCUUUUCAACUUGUCUGCCACUUUUAGCAGGUACAGUGACCUGCCUUUAUCGUUGUACUGGGCGCGGGGCCUCGCCAAUAUUACAAGCUUAGAUUACUUCGUUGGCACAACGACGAAAAAUGAUCUUCUCAAUGAAAUUUCACCUGUAAUAUACAUGCAAUCAGACUGCUUCACUAUUACAGAAAGAGAUGCAUAUGUGGAGAAACUAAUGGACUACAUACAGAUAGACUCUUAUGGUAUUUGUCUUCAUAACAAGGAUUUCCUUUUUGGCAACGCUAGUUCCUAUUUAGGAUACCUUUACAAUGAUGAUUUGCUACGAUUCAUUGCGAGGUAUAAGUUCAUCAUAGCCAUAGAGAACGCUGUUUGCAACGAUUAUGUGACGGAGAAGUUCUGGCGCGCGAUAGAGUUGGGCGUGGUGCCGAUCUACUACGGCUCGCCGCUGAUCAGGGACUGGCUGCCGAACAGCAAGUCGGCCAUACUGCUGGAGGACUUCCCCACGCCGAAGCUGCUCAGCGAGCACCUGCACUACCUCCUGGACAACGACACCGCUUACGAGGAGCACCUCGAGCACAAGACGCUGGGACGCAUCUCCAACCAGAACCUAAUUGAUGAAUCGUUGACUAGAUCUUAUGAAAUCGAAGAAGGUGGAGAUGAAAGGUUUAUAUGUUUAAUCUGCGAGAGGAUUCACGAUAGAAACAAGAGUAGAGUGAAUGUAGUGACGAAGGCGCAUUACGACUGUCCAAAGCCUAAAUCUGCGCUGACGCAGUCAGUGAACAUGUACAACUUGUGGCUGGAACUCAUAAAUUAUGCAGAAGAGAAGAUCGAUCAGAUAUACAAAGAGAUCGAGGAUGCAAAUAGAACGCGAAGAAGCUCAAACACAAGUUGGGAUUGGAACACGUAA